UCUUCUCCUGCGCAUGAAGUCACUACUGCUCUCUCUCCACUACAUCUUGAUGAAGAGGUGUUGGAGGACUGGAAGGUGCCGAAUAUAGAGGCUGACACUCAAGAGAAGGUAAGCGAGAAGGAGGAGGAGAAGGAAGGGGAGGAAGAGGAGAAGGAGGAGGAGGAGGAGAAGGAAGGGGAGGAAGAGAAGGAGGAGGAGGAGGAGAAAGAAUCGUCCUUCCAACCUCGCAGCCUCCGUUUGCGACUGAGUCGUCAGGGUGAUGGACACCUUUCUGUGGUGCCUGAGCCUUCUCCCUCCGUCGCUGUUGUUACCUCCACUCCUUCUACCCCACCACUGCGGCUGCGUCUCUCCCUCGCUUCUGCCAAGAUGCCGAAGAAUCAGUGGUCUGUAGAGAUUCUUGAUGAGGCCUUUCCUGACAUUAAACCAAACCAGGUUCAGUCGCCUAGGAAGAGACUACGCUCUUCCAAGUAUGUCGUAGUCUUUUUUACUCUACCUAAUUUGCAUCAUCGCAAGCGAAUUCCAUUUCGCCUAGUAUCUCUGCGUUUGCGCACAGUAGGACGAUGA